AUGUUUUUAAAUUGUUUAGUUUUGUUAUUUUUCAUCAAUUUUAUUGAUGCAGAUUAUGUAUACCCAUACCAGCGCCAACCGUCUAUUCGGUGCCCAAUGCCGGAUAAUGAAAAUAUUAUAACCCGUAUGAUGCAGAGGGGAAAAUUUGUCAAGUUCUCCUGCCGCAGAGGAUUUACCAUGAUGGGUAACAAAUACGCCACGUGUAGAAAUGGAGAUUGGGAUGUUCCGCUACCUAUCUGUAUCAAAUCAGGUUGCGAACCAUUAGAAGAAGUAAGACAUUCAGUGAAGCAAUCAUACCAUAACGGAGCGUGGGUGCUGUUCUUCUGCUUACCAAGAUACGAUCUCGUUGGAUCUUCUGUUCUGUACUGCGAUGGAAACCAUUGGAACGCCACAGCUCCUAAGUGCAUUGAUUCAUCAGCUCAAUCGAAGACUUCGUGCGACUUUGAAAAAGAUCUCUGUGACUGGAGACAAGAUGAAAUGCACGACUUUGAUUGGAGAAGAAUUAACACAAAAACUCCUAGCAGUUUCAUGAAUACGGGACCACCAUAUGACCACACUUUGGGCAAGAAUGGCAACGGUUACUAUAUGUACAUUGAAAGUACGAGCCGUUUCGAGAACGAUACUGCUCGCCUGAUAUCUCCAGUUUACAGCGAAAGUCGCGCAGAGAACGGCUGUUUUGUUUUCUACUACCAUAUGUAUGGAAGACAUAUCGGUGGUCUUCGAGUGUACCAGAAACCAGAUAGGAUAAGCAUACAAGAUCUUCUUCACUUGGGUAAUACAGGGCGAAACAGGUUCUUGUUGUUUGAGAAGUGGGGGAAUCAAGGUGACUUCUGGUUUGCCAGCGUCUCUACUCUUCUAAACGUCUCUGACGACUUCCAGAUCGUGAUUGAAGGUAUCAGGGGAAACGGUUUCAUAAGUGAUAUAGCGAUUGAUGAUGUCGCCCUUCUACAAGGGGAAAACUGCAUUAAUUUGCGUUUGGAUGCCACCCCUAUGCCACCAACAGUCUAUAGUUCAGACUCGUGUGUUGGCCGCUGUUCAGACUCGACCGUUGGAUCGUGCGGCUGCGAACCUUACUGUUUUGCAAACAGCUCUUGCUGUCGUGACUACCUGGAAGUUUGCGUGUUUGCGAGCUCGACAGAAGAUUACAAUUCUUCGACACUAGAAUUGCCGCAAACGCAAAAGCUAAUCGCUUCACCUAAAACUACUUACAAAACAACUACUAUGACAUAUUCAACUACAACUCCUCGUGCUCGCACUAGAGCUCAGACUACUUCAACAACAGCUCAGACUACUUCAACAACUACUCAGACGACGACAACAACACAAAGUACUUCAACUACAACUCGCCGACCACCAACAACUGCUGGCACAACCAGUACAACUAAGCGUUUGGUACCAACAACACAACGUACACAAAAAACCACUACGAGAAAACUUACAACACCUAGAUGGACUAGACCAACAGCUCGUGUGAAAACGCUAACAACAAAAUUAACGACCACAACAACAACUCCUGUACCAACUGCUGCAACAACUAAACGUCCACCAACUAUUUCGACUACCUUGAGUACCACUAAGAGAGUGAUGUUUACUGAAACAAUGAAGUCCAGACAGUAUACGCCACUUUCUCAUAACCUCAUCAGCCCCAAACCUCAAGGUACAAACGGAGCCAUAACAGCAGUAAUAGUAUUGUUAGUAUUAGGAAUAUGUUGUGGUAUAUUGUACGGCGGGUACUACCUGCGCACGAGUCGCGGUAGCGAGGCGCUGGCGCGACUCCGCGGCCGCGCCACACGGGACUCUGAAGUGCGCUUCUUAAAAUCUGACGUAGAUGACAUAGAUGAUGAAUAA